CUUGCAACUCAAAACAAAAACAUGGAGCAAACGCAGGGUUUUUAUGACUUUUGCAUACCAUAUAAUAAAGAUGACAAAGUGCUGCGCCCAAUAUUAGAGGAACUGGUUGAACUAGGCUAUAAAACGAUAGCAAUCGACCAGAGUUUCGAUCACAGCAAAAAAGAGGCGGGCAAAAGAGGCUCUGAAAUGUUCCCGGAGCCAUUUGGCAUCGAACAUUUGCGCAAAGAAUUUGCCGGAAAAUUGCGGAUAUUGCAACGCAUAACAAUUUUGUAUGUGGAUGCGAAUGUGUCGCACGCAAUGAGCGUCUCUCUCAAUCUGCGUAAAUUUAAUCUGAUUGCGGGCCAGCCAAAAACCGAUGCAGCACUUACGCACUGUUGCACCACAUUUAAUGGUGACAUCAUCACGUUUGAUCCUGUCGCCGGUUCACGUUUGCUGGUUCACCGCAAGGCUUAUUUGAUUGCGGUGCGACGCGGCAUGUUCUUUGAACUUAAAUAUGCACCGGCAAUUGCUGACUCAAAUAAUCGCAAGGAUAUGAUUAAGGUAGCCCAAAACUACUUCACUAAAGCAAAAUCGAAGAAUGUGAUUUUUAGCAGCGGUGCUGCUCACGAAUUCCAAUUACGCGGACCCUACGAUGUUGCCAAUCUUGCAUUUAUUUUUGGUCUGUCGGAGGAUCAAGGCAAAAAUGCCAUCGAUCGCUUUUGCCGUCAAUUGUUUUUGCGCGCCGAAUCACGUCGUAUGGGCAAAACGAUAAUGUUUGUCAAGAGCAAAGGGCCAAUUGUAUUCUCCGAUAGUUCCGAUAGUAACCAAAGCGAUGACGAAAUGGAUGCAUUAGCGAUAAAAAUGGAAGACGGAGAGAACAGUCCAGCGAAGAAAAGACUGAAAAUCUCAUAAAAUUCAAAUGACUUUCUAACCUCAAUUAAUCGAUUAACCAUAAUUUGCAAAGUAUACCUGUAGGGUAAAUAAUAAUCGAUUGUAUGUUAUCGACACAAA